GGCCCAAUCAGCGCCUCAGUGCUGCCUGCCGGUGCCGGGGACUGGUGGUGAGGAACCGCUGCAGCGCGUUAAGACCGGACCGUGAACCCGGAGACGGUACACACUGAGGGGAAAGGAGACACAGGAUGGAGCGGAUGUCUGAGGAGGCGCUGAGGCUGAACCUGCUGAAGCGAGGCCUGGAGUCACCCGAUGAGCGAGAGGAGGCCCUAGCCAAGCGCCUCAAAAUGGAGGGCCAUGAGGCCAUGGAGCGUCUCAAGAUGCUGGCGCUGCUGAAACGUAAGGACCUUGCUGACCUUGCGGCCCUGGAUGCAGCUGGGCCACUGGGAGAUGGGAAGGGCCCCGGGGCUAGCACCUUGCACCACCAGAACCUGAUGGGUGCUGCAGCCGCUUAUGAGGAGAAGCUGAAUGGGAGCCUGAGGCUGGGAGGCCAUGGGGGCCAUGUUGGACCCAGCAAGAAUGGGAAAGAAAACAUCCUGGACGAGCCAGUGGAUAUGAGUGCUGGGAGAAGAUGUGAUGUUGACCGUGAAAGACGAACCCCGUCUCCAGAUGUUAUCAUCCUGUCAGACAAUGAGGCGUCCAGUCCUAGGACAACACCUCGCCCUGAGGAACGCCUGCACCACGCCAACCUGGACAUGUUCAAGGGGAAGACUGGAGAGGAGAGACAGCAGAUGAUCAAAGCUCUCAGGGAGGAGCUUCGUCUGGAGGAGGCUCGCCUGGUGCUGCUGAAAAAGCUGAGGCAGAGCCAGAUGCAGAAGGAGAAUGUGGUGCAGAAGGUACCGGUCGUCCAGAAUGCCGCCUCCUCUGUGCAGCCCCCUCCCAUCCACAGCUCUCCAGGUCUUGGCAAGCUUCCGGUCCGGCCUGGCCUGCACACCCCGGAGGCCCAGAACCUCCGCACCACACAGGGUCAUACAGUCAUCAGGUCAGCAGCCAAUGCUAACCUGCCGCCCAUGUUGAUGUCCCAAAGGGUGAUCGCACCCAAUCCUGCCCAGCUGCAGGGACAGCGGGUCUCCUCUAAGCCUGGCAUGGCCCGUACGAGCUCCGGCAGCAUGGCCAACGCUGUCAGCUACCAGCAGGCCACCAGCCAGCAGGUGGCAGCAUCCCAGCGCUCGGGCUCCAGCGCCAUGUACAUGAACCUCGCCCACAUGCAGGCAGCAGGUGCUGGCGGGGUGGCAGGCGGCUUGGGCGGAGCCUCAGCGGUUAGCCCAUCCACCAUGUCCAGCACAGGCAGUGGAGGGGUGAGUUCCAUGGCCGACCAGGCCAGCAGCCAGGCGGCGGCCAAGCUGGCCCUGAGGAAGCAGCUGGAGAAAACCCUCCUGGAGAUCCCUCCUCCCAAACCUCCUGCUCCACUCCUCCACUUCCUGCCCUCGGCUGCAAACAGCGAGUUCAUCUACAUGGUGGGCUUAGAGGAGGUGGUGCAGAGCGUCAUCGACAGCCAGGGUAAACUCCGAGGGGCGCUGUCCCGCAUGGAGCCCUUCUUCUGUGCCCAGUGCAGAACUGACUUCACCCCCCACUGGAAGCAGGAGAAGAGUGGGCGGAUCCUGUGUGAGCAGUGCAUGACCUCCAAUCAGAAGAAGGCUCUGAAGGCGGAGCACACCAAUAGGCUGAAGAAUGCCUUUGUUAAGGCCCUACAGCAAGAGCAGGAGAUUGAGCAGAGGCUGCAGCAGCAGGCAGCCCUCUCCCCCAGCUCGGCUCCUCCCGGCUCCAACGCCACCAAGACUGACAGCAUGAUCCGACACCACGCCCUGCGCCAGGCCCCCCAGCCUCAGGCCUCCCUGCAGCGAGGUCUGUCCAGCUCAGCGCGAGGUGUCUUGUCCAACUUCGCCCAGGCCUCCCAGCUGUCAGUGGCCAGCAGCCUGAUGGGAAUGAGCGGUGCCAAGCGCUGUGCCAGCGGUGGAGGAGGCAGCAGCAGUAGCAGCAGUAGACUGCAGCAUGACAGCCGUCGCCAGAUCUACAAUAUUCCCGGAUUAAAUAUUGCCUAUCUGAAUCCAGCGGCUGUUGGAGCCCAUAAGAGCUCCAGCUUAGCAGACCGGCAGAGAGAGUACCUUUUGGACAUGAUCCCUCCUCGCUCCAUAUCGCAGUCCAUCACCGGACAGAAAUGAGCACCACCCAGCCCCUAUUGCCCCUCAGAAGUCACCUCAUUUCUGCCCUCUUGCCCCCUCACUAAAGCACUCCAAUCUCAGCCAGCCAGCCCCCCCCCGACCCCCAACCCCAACCCCCGCCCCCAUCGCAUGCAGUGCCUGUCCGUGUGCCUACCUUAAACCAACCCAUGAAAACCCGAGUCAGACAAACACAGUAAACUGUCAGAGCAUCUCAAAUUUUCUUACUAUAGCAAAUCUUCUUUGUCAGCAUUGUUUAACAAGUAUAAAUCCCAUUAUUAUUGCUGUUGGUAGUGCCAUUAUUAUUACUACAACUACCUUUUUUGCUUCUGUUACUAUUAUUCAUGUUAUGCUUUUUUGUUAUGCUUAAGUAGUGUGUGUGUCCAUUUUUUGUUUCUCUACCUUCACUCAUAUUUAUUUUCGAGGAGGGAGGGCAAACUAUUGCAGGGUCGUUUUAGGCCGUGAUCAGAUAGGAGUCCUUUCUGUUCAGAUCCAGUGCUCAGCUGGGAGGCUCACUAGUAGACAGUGCAGUGAGUGUUAUACCAUUGUGGAUGCUAGGAGACGGGGAUGUCCCGAUCAACCUUUUUGUCCUCAGUCCAAGACAUUCAGUAAUUAGUGUCUGCAGAUGCCAAGUCCUGAAGAGGAAGUAUUUCAAAACAACCUGUUUUUAUAUAUGUAUAUCUAUCGAUCGAUUGAUCGAUAGAGAUAUACACAUACAUAUGUACACGUAAGUGUGUGUGUGUGUGUGUGUGUGUGUGUAUAUAUAUAUAUAUAUAUAUAUAUAGGUUGUUUUGACUUAAAUCAUGGCUUUGUCAUUUAAUAGUCUUUACUGAACACCAUUACAAACAUUACAAACACAAGGGUUAAACAGUGUUUACAAACAGGUAAACAUUAUUUAACCCUUUGAAACGUGAGCUUUUUUUUUCAAAAACAUGGAAAAAGGUAAUGUGCAAAUUAGCAAAAAAAAAACAAAAUCAAAAACAAAAAAAACAAGAUUGGAUAAUUUGAAAAAAAUAAAUAAAUAAAAUAAAAAAAACUAGGGCCUACAAAAAAAAAUUACCAAAAAAUUAGCCCAAAAAUAUACCUGAACAUCAGCUCACAAAAAAAACCUGAAAAUUAGCAAAAACCUUUUUUUGCUAAUUAAACUAUUAUUUACACUGAUUAAAAUUCUAUAUUGAAAUGCCUGAGUAGUGAAUCUGUAUCAGGGUCGGAUCUCUUGUGACUGCAAUCAGAUGCCUUUCACAAGCAUUUAACAUAUAAUUUUAUUAUAUUACAUAUUACAUUAUUUAAAAUCUGAACCUCCAUUGUGUUAUAUGAAGCUCUGUCCUAACUGCCUGUAGAAGUGCUUGCAAACAUUGCACAUAGCUGUCAAGCUGCCUCACUUUGCAAAGUGACAGAAUUCCACACAGCCAGCAUUUCAAAGGCAUGCUCCCCUCCUCGGUCAAACCAGUGUGAUGAUUUGUUGCGCUCGGUUUUAUGGCAGGUGCUGUAAAUAUGCAGCAGAAGGAAGUUACAUCAAUUGGAAUUUGAUCAAACAUUUUGUACCCAAUCCCAAUCACUUAAUGCCUGGAUCAGUCCAGGACCACUUUUUUAUAUCAGCUCGGGACAUCCCUGAUAUGCCAUACAAAGUUUCAGAACGUGCAAGCUGUCAGUUCUUUGUUAGUUAUGUUAUUUGGCUAAAAAUUGCUAACAAGGGGUAUAACACUGUUGGAAAUAAUCGAAGAAAAGAGAAAGCUAGUGAUGUGCUUACUCUUAAAGAGGAGGAUGAGAAGCCUGCACUGGGGAGAGCAGAGUACCAACAGUGUUAUCAUGAGUUCCACCGAGAUAAAGCCCACUUUAUUAUAUAUCAUACUGAAAGAAAUGCAGCUAAAGUGGAGACAUGUUCCACAUGGAGCAAAUUGUUCCAACAGGCAAGGUGUGUGCGUGUAGGUGUGUAAUCAAGAGGAGAUGCAUGCCUGUUGCCACUAAAGCAUUGAAGAUAACAGAAAAAGGCACAGGUAUGUUUAAAAAAAACAACAACAAAAAAAAACAGCAUCCUAUUUGACCACGGCCCUAGAAAAACUCAUUUUUUGCUGCUCCCACUCAAUAAGCUGGCCCAUCAACAGAUUUUAGUUGACUCAUUUUUAGAUGUCAGCCUCUCCUGUUACAGACUAACAGAUGAAUUUCAACACAGCUACUAGAUGGAUGUACGUGGGACAUAAUAAGCAGGAUUGACAGACCCAGCAACUGAGAUUCCCUACUGUACCUUCAGUGGACCAGCGCGAUGAGAGACCAAUAAGGAGGGAAGAGACAGACUUUGAUGGAACACUGUGCUGACUGACUGGAGGAUGGUAUCUACAGAGACGGCUCAUCCAGUAUUUGCAGGGGAGACAAUGCCCUCCACUCAGAGAUAAGCAAGGUGAUUUUCCCUCCUGGUUUCAUCCGUCUCGCUACCUGGCACUGACUCCCCAGUGUCUCUUGUUACCCCUUAAUGCCUUCGCUUAUCCAGUAUGCAGAGACUUAAACCCUUUUUACCUAAUAGUUCUUUGUGGCACCGUGUGUUCUUGGCAAAAAUGGAGAGGACUCAGAUCUAAAGUUGGGAGUACAUUUUGUGCCACCCAAACCACAGACUCUGUACCUAGAAAUCUUUUUUUCCUUUUCUUGUUGUAGUAGGGUUUUCUGAUUGUUGUUCCCCCCCCUCUCCCUUUCAUUUUUUGCGGCGUCUCCUAAUGGAAUGGUGGCAUACCUGAGAGGUAUUAGCUUCCGGAGACGAUAAUAAUCAACAUAGCUAAAAACAGAAACUAUUGAAAUAUCUAUAUGGAUUAUGUAUAGAUGCCUAGCUUGAGAGAAAAAAGAAAUGGAUGUGGAUUAUAUCUUUUAUGGGAGAGACAUGGAUCAAUCAUUGUGUGCAAACAAUGCGCACAAGUUGCCUCACUCUGGAGGAGCACUUUUCAUAUUUCCAAUUGGAAAAACAUUUUUUUUUUUUUUUUAAAAAAAAAAAAAAAGGAAAAGAAUGUUACAAUUCAGAAUCCCUAUGGUCUGGAUGCUAUCUGAUGGUCUACCAGAGAGUCAGGGGAGAGAUCAUUGUGUGUAUUGUAGAUUGCGUCAAGGUGUAUUUUAAUGGCUAUUUCAUGGUUUUAUCCUAAUUUUCUUUUCCAGUGUCGAGCUUUGUGAAUGUGGGAUGUAUCAAUAGAGUGUCAACUUUCAAAGUCCUGGUUUCCAUCAUGUGAAGUAGGUUUAGACCGAUAUCGGUUUGCCCCUAUUGGCUUUGAUUCAAUAUGAGAUAUCGGCCAGGCAUGUGGGUCAUGGUCGAUAUGAUUUAGGUUCCUCCUGAACACAGCAACAUACUGUAAAAACAGUUUGGCAAACCUGAUGAUAUUUGAUUUUCUUUGCACAUUUUGUUAAUUCAUUCAAUUGAAUUUAAUUGCAAAAUGUUUUUGUCAAUGAAUCCUCAGAUAAUCCUCAGAUUAAGGCAUUAAUGUACCACAGAGUUUUCCUACCAAUCCUAUUGGUAGGAUGAUGCCUCGCUGACUUCAAGGAGACUACCAGUGUCCUUCAGAGUUCUAGCCCAUUUAACUGUUUACAACUAGCUUACAUUUUGCCCAUUCAUUUUGGAAUGCAUGCCAUAUGUAAUUACAUUUUUAGCAUUUGCUCGUUUUUCGUCGCUUUAGAAUGCAAAUAUUACAGUGUCGAACCCAGCUUAAAAUGAACUGCUGUCCCAGCUCAUAAAGACACGCUAAAUAAAAAGACAAUGUGACAGUAAAAUUUGUAAGACGACAUGUUUUUGAGGGAUUAUUGCAAUUUGACUCGCAGUUUCUUCCUUUGAGUGUGAUUGACAGGAAGCAGAGUGCAACAUAAUGUGUGCACUGAGACGAAAACACAAAAGAAAUGACCAAACAAAUUGUGACCAAACCAGAUGAAGGUUUAUUGUUUACGGUGAUGGAUUAUCUAACUCUGGAAUUUAUCUUUCAUACUUUACAUGAAUGAAUAGCAUCAAGGGGCUUCUUCUGAAUGGAGAAGAACCAGCCCUGAUAUCUCCACUUGUGCUGAUAUGUAAAUAUCAGCAGGAAUAAUGGAAAGUAAAGGGGAGACCUAAACCCUUGGCACUGACAAAAAGAAAAAAAGGAAGGAAAAAAACACCACCAUUUUCCUUUAAGGAACAACUAACCCUAAAAAAUCAUUAUUUUCAGAGGCUCUCUCCUUUGCAAUAAAAUGAAGACAUGAAAUUGUUUUGAAAGUCAACAGAUUUUCAGAUGUUGACUGUUUGCACAAGACAUCAGGUAUCAGUAACUUUAAUACGACAAUAUAAGUAUCAGCCCUAAAAAGAACUCAUAUCCAGCCUAAGCUGGGUACAUUUAAAAAUGCAUCUUCUUGUCUCCGUUUCAGCCUUCCAUCAGCACUAAGACUGUUUUCCACCCACGAAAACAGACUCUUUUCAAAGCGGUCUCCAAAGUGUGUAAAUGUGAGAAUGCCGGCCUGCUGUUUUCAUGUGGACGGGGAAAGCUGAACUUUCUGAAAACAAUGAAGUAAGAUUGUCAUGUGAUCUAGCGAGUGCCUCUGUGUUGUAGUGGAGAAGCUGGGUGGGCCCACACGCGUGGACGUAAUGUGUUCUGGAUCAUUUCAGUGGGCUUUUGGAAAGCAGCUGCAUACUGCAGUGUGGAUGGAAGGCCAAAACGGCAUUUUUGGAUUUUCCUAGCUUAAGUGUGGACAUGGAUUCAGUCCAUCUCCAAUGUCAAGUUCUAAUGUAAAGGCAGUACUUUGAUUCAUUUCAGGACUCAUAGACUUUGAGGUUGCAGUAGGUGAGACAUUUGAAGCUGUGUUCAGUGUGCAGUAUUACCUCUGUUAUUAUUUGUGAAGAUUCAGUGUGAAUCUGGAUUUGAGCUGGCUAAAAGAGACCUUUAACCCCAGUGCGGGUUUGACAUUUGAGAACCAAGAGUUCAUCAGCUCUAAGGAAUUCAGAGUGUUUAGUCGUUGCUAGGUUUUGUUAAGUUACUUUGACUCUCUGCUUGCCUGAUGUUUUACAGCCAGACUUUGUCCCAUCAUUUUUAAUCAAUUUGUGCACCAGGAUGGUGGAUUUUUCUCUUUGAUGAGACCGAGUGCAUUCUUAGCAAACUCAAUUGGGGAUCCUUUACCAAAAUGUGAUCCAAGACCUAGACCCUUUGGCUAGAAUCUCCAUCAGCACAACAGGUUAAGUUUGGGUCUAAAUGCUGACUCAGAGGCUAAAGGACACAUGAGUCCCUGCUAAAGCAGAGCAGGAGGACGUGUGGUGGCACUGCAGUACAGAUGGAACGGGAACGGCCACUUUUUCCGUAGCACUUCCAGAAGUAAAUUUCCCAUUCAUUUCUCCUAAGACUUGUCAAAAAAAAGUAUUUCAGGAAUUUUAUGGCUUGAAUGGCGCCAGUCCCCAUCAACAUGAAUAAUGACAUUACUUGAACAAAAAAAUAUUUUAUUCAGGCAAGGUGCAAGACUCUGUAUAUAUUAUGUUUUAAGACAGAAAGAACUACUCCAAAAAAAAAAAAAAUUCUCCAUGUAGACUGUCAGACACACACACAUGCUGUUCCUGUGACAACAGCUCUUUGAUUGGUAAAGUGUUUAAAGAAUUAUGGGUAAUGUAGUACCUCUGCAUUGCCUCUGGGAAUAAGGCUGCUCUCUUAAAGAUGAUGUUGAAAUGAGAAUAAAUAAUGGCUUUUGGAGUAGCACAUUCUAUUGUAUAACAACGGCAUAGCUGAUAGUAAGUGGACCUUGAUCACUUAAUAUUUUAUAGCCAAUUAUGAUAUUUGCUUUGGCAUAUAUGAGUGGAAAUUUUACCUCUGGAACCAUAUGUGCCUGCUCUAUGACAAUAGCAUUUCUCUGAAAACACAUGCCUUGCCUCUUGAGUUGGCAAAGACGUUGUAUGUCAUGCUUAGGAUGUAUAGCUACGAGUUUUCAAAAAAAAAAAAAUGAACUAAUCAAAAUAGCAUUUUUUGGACAACUCAUUGGAUGGCCAUCCAGUCAAUUAAACGUCAAUUUGAAAGAACUGUUUUUAUGAAAUGAGAACAUUUUAAAUUGCAUUUAAACUGAUAAAUAAUUAUGUUGUGCAAACAUGUCCAUCCCCAUCGUGGCAUGACUGAUGUGGCAGUGCAGAUUAGCCAGAGCCCAGGAGCGUCCCCUCUCUGUGGACACAGGUGGUCCACCGGGCUCUCAGGUGGUCCACAGGGCUCUCAGGUGGUCCACAGGGCUCUCAGGUGGUCCACGGGGCUCUCAGGUGGUCCACAGGGCUCUCAGGUGGUCCACAGCCUGCUGCCAGCCGCUCUGCAGGGCUGCAGCUUCAGCCCUCGAGCAGCCGUGGCGUUGGAUCACAUGGCUGUCUUCAUUUCUGUGUUGCUUCUGUUUCCGUGUGGGAACUGGUGAUUAACUGUGACCAGCAAAUCUGAUCCGGUUUCUGUUUAGCCAGCAAAACAAAGUGGUGGCCAAGUCCAGUCUUUAAUGCACUUUGCCUUCUCUUAAGGUCAUUUUUUGGCCCAAGUGUUCCAGCUUAAAAGCAAGUGAUGUGAUGUGAUAUUUGACAAUUUAAAAAAUCAAUUAAAAUCUAAACCACUCUUUCCUGACUGGCUGUUCCUUUAGGAGCUGUCCAUUUUUUGUUGUAUGUUCCCACCUUCAUGCAUCAUGAGUUCCAUUGUAACCGACAUGGACACUUGCAAGAAGAUU